AAAGUGCCAGAGUGGUCACAGUGUCCCUUUUCGAACUGGCUUUCCGCUCCCUCGUCUCCGCCGUGCCGGCAUUUUUCCAAGCCCUUCUCUCCCUCUCGGAGCUUCCCCAACCCUCCUCCCUUCGUGCAUCUCUCCAUCUUCGGAGAGAUGGGGAAGCCCUUGCGGAACCAAGGCCGGAACCUUACUCCACGCUUCACUCGAUCCGAGAUCAAAGAAAUGGAGAAACUGCUUGAUGAGCAAAGGGGUGAACUAGUAGAUGAAAGUUUCUGUCAGAAGCUUACUGAGAAAUUCAACGCUUUAGGACGAGAUGAAAGCAGAGCUAUCAAAGUGAAACAGGUGCAAAGAUGGUUCCAGAGCAGGCUGAGAAUUCAAGUGAUGGAAACUACUCCCUCUCCAGUUGACUCAAAAGAAACAGUUGUAGUACUUGAGAGUUCAUCUGACACACUCAAAGAUUCUGACCAGAAGGUUCCAGACAUUUUGGAGUUGGAGUUUGAAGCCAAAUCCUCAAGGGAUGGGGCAUGGUAUGAUGUUGGUACAUUCCUUGCACACAGAGUUCUGAGUUCAGGGGAACCGGAAGUCCGGGUGAGGUUUCAAGGAUUUGGUCCAGAGGAAGAUGAGUGGGUACAUGUUAAGAGGGCAGUACGUGAGCGUUCUAUCCCGUUAGAAUCUUCUGAAUGCCAUAAAGUUGAAAUGGGAGAUCUUGUUCUCUGCUUCCAGGAGAAUAGUGACCAAGCUACUUACUAUGAUGCUCAUGUCUUGGAAAUCCAAAGGAAACAGCAUGAUAUAAGAGGCUGCAGGUGUCUCUUUCUUAUCCGUUAUGAUCAUGAUCGAACAGAGGAAAGAGUGCAUCAUGCCAGAUUGUGCCGUCGGCCUUCAAAUCGAGCUCAUAAUGUAGCUGAAAUGUAAUACAGGUAGCAUGAGGUUAGAUCCAUGAUACAAAUCAUGUGGUUUUGGAUUAAAACAAUUUCCUCUGUUAAGUUCUUGAGGAAAAUGCUGCCCAUUGUGAUACAUUUUUUCUUCAAUUCUCUUGUGCUAAUCCAAACAACCUUAUAACAUCGUCCACGUGGUUGAGUUAAUGAAUUGAAUGAUAACUCAAUCAUGGUUGGCUAAAUGAGUAAAAAUGGAACAUGUGAUUUGUGUUACCAUCAAAUUUUACCAGUUUUCUGUCUGUUGGUGUAACACAUUGAUUAUUA